AUGUCGCUGCCUCUCCGGCUGCCCUACUGCUCUCCUGCCCGGAGGCUGCGCGCAGUGCUCCUGUUUCCCUACUUCCGUGCCCCGGUCACUCCCCCGCCGUCCCCAGCCUGUUCGCAGGAGCCCGACUACGAACCCGAGGGUGGCACCCCGGAGAGCUACGCGGAGGAGGAGGCUUGGCUCCCCUCCAGCGGCCACAGGGGGCGCAUGGGCGCCAUCCGGCAGAGCCGGGCGUGGCCGGGCCAGUCGAGCGUCCAGCAAGCGCCACAGCCCCGGCAACGGCCCCCACCCUCCUCCCAGAUCGCAGUGUCUUUUCGCUCGCAGUCCAUCCGCCCCAAGGUGCUGGGCCGUCGGCCCUUGGUGGCGCAGGGCCCUCGGCGAGCUAAGGACCGCCAGCUUGGAACUGCAAGCGCGAAGGACGUCGAGUUUCGGAUGAACAGCCAGAAUGAGCGGCGCUUGAGGAGCAUAGAGGAGCCAAUGCCUGGUCUCCCGGUUCCCCGAUCUUUGGCCAUCAGAGGGGUCCCUGGUCGCAGCCUGUGUCCAGGGAAGAGAAAUGGGAAAUUGAGCAAGUCUGCCAGUGCCUCGCCAGAAAAAUAUCAGGGAACCUGCAGAAGAGUGACCCUGGAAUUCAAAGGAGUGGAAAAGCUUAGAUGA